UUCAGGUGACAUUUUACUUUCUUCUUGGCUCUUUUCUGUGUUGCUUAAAAAUUUGACAAUCAGCAUGUGUUAUUUUUACAGAGAUAAUAAAGCUCUUUUGUAGAAAGGAAGAAUUAUGUUGUUUUUGAGGUAGAGAGAUGUAUUUUCAGUAUUGUUAAGUGAAUAAAGAGAUUAUGGUAUAAUCCUGUUAUUGUCUAUAUAUAGAAAAAAACCAUCAAUCAAGUUUCCCAGGAACAUUUUGAAGAUCAAAGUUAAUAACAACUCAGGAAGCCACAUCUAGACCUUCAGUGUUGAUGUCAUUAGCACUUCCAGUCCCUUCCUGUGAAACACAGGGAUCGUGUUGACGUGUGUCCCUAGGUACAUUUUGGCCUUGAGGGCCUUUUGAGUCUCAAUAAUAUGAAGAAAACAAAGCCACAAGGGAUGGACCCUGUAAGUGAAGAGGGUUGGUUCUGGCACUUGGUGGAGAAUCCCUGCGCCCCAGGGGACUCCCAGGCCACCCUCAGCAAGAUCUCUCCAGUAUCCCCUAGAGACAGCCAGCAGUCCAGGUCGUUACAUGGGAGAACCAGUCAUAAAUUUCCACUGGCACAUUUCUGAGCUCUAGGGGUAAGGAUAAAAAAAAGACAAAUGAAUCUUAAGACAGGAGCCUUUCCAGCAAUUAGGAAUCUCUUGGCUUUGUUCAUGACUGUCUGAGAAGUUCUCUUAAGAAAGCUGGUCAGAGACAAUCAAAGAAAAAGGGAAAGAGACACCUGCAACAAGGUUCCAAAACCAAGGCUCAUGGAUGGACAGUCUCUGCUAAACCACAGUGACACGUGCACCACAAUUGAGAACUGCACCCAGGUCACCUGGUUCCUCCUGCUGGGGCUCACAGACCAGGAAGGGCUCAAGGGCACCCUCUUCAUACUCUUCUUGUUCAUUUACUCAAUCACCCUUGUGGGCAACCUGGGCAUGAUUAUCUUGAUCCAUAUGGAGCCACAGCUCCACACACCCAUGUACUUCUUCCUGAGCAUUCUCUCCUUCACAGACGCCUCUUUAUCCACCACAAACACCACCCUGCUGCUGGAGAACUUCAUCAUCCCAGGCCAGUCCAUCUCCUUUGCUGGCUGUGUGGCCCAGAUGGCCCUCAUGCUUCUCCAAGGUACUGCUGAGUGUUUGUUCCUGGCCAUCAUGGCCUAUGAUCGCUUCAUUGCCAUCUGUCACCCUCUUCUCUACCAUUCCAUCAUGUCCCAUCGUCUGCGUGUCCAACUGGUGGCAGCCACCUAUACAGCUUCUGUUGCCAGUUCAGCUUUGCUAACUGGUUGUGUCUUCAAGCUGCCCUACUGUGGCCCCAAUGUCAUUAAUCACUAUUUCUGUGACAUCCCCCCUGUGCUUCAACUUGCUUGUGCAGACACUACUGAGGUUGAAGCCAUCAUCCCCUCAUCUUCUGCCCUGAUUUUCCUCUUUACUGUCACGAUCAUCCUGGUCUCCUAUGCCUACAUCCUGGUGACUGUCUGCAGAAUGCAUUCCCUGGAGGCUCAGAGCAAAGCGCUCUCCACCUGCACCUCCCACCUCACCGUCAUCUGCCUUUUGUAUGGCACACUCAUCUUCAUGUACACUCAGCCAAACUCACAAAAUUCCCUGGAACAGAUCUGUCCUCUACAGUGUGAUCAUCCCUAUGCUGAACCCUCUGAUCUAUAG